GUUUUGAAUAAAGCACUUCCUGUAAUCCUACACAACCUGCCACAUGCAGCUCAGGGUUCUGAUGUAUCUGAAGCUGAUCAGCUGCUUUACUGGACAGUAUGAAGAACAUGGAUGACAAGGACGCUGAUCUGUUCAGCUUUAGGACCAAGCCAAGCUCAGCUCCCGUUCAGAGGAAAGAGGAAGUUAAGGAAGAACCUUACAUAGUUCCAGACAAAAGCAAAACUUUAGAGACAUUAUUGUGGAGGAGAAUUGCUGAUCUUCAUGUGCUCGUAGCCUCAACAUUUGUGUUCUUACUGGGCUGGAAUCUUUAUAAAGAGAAGAUUAUAAACAUCUUCCAGCAAGAGGAAGGAAGAGAAUUUUCUGGGCUUCUGCUAACAGUUUUCUGGUUGCUGAUGUGUAGACACUCAGGAAGGGGCGCUGUUGGCUCUUUCAGGCUGUUCACUGCUGUGGGAAUCACUGUAUUUCCAUUCAUCGCAUGGAUUUAUUACUACAUCAACACAGAGCUGAGAUCACACUGGCCUGAACACUGUACAACUGCUAUUUAAACCUGAAACCCUGAUAACUGAAAUGGACCAAGAAAAGAAAAAUACCUGAGCACGACUGCUUUAAUGUGUUGUAAAAGACCUUUAUAAAAUUAAAGUCACCUGACAAACUGUGGGUCAGUGAUAGACUUGACACAGAAAUUAAACAUACAACACUCAUACAGUAAAAACACUUUUUGUAAUUCCUAUUUAAUGCUUUUGACUACAACAAUAAUGUAAAAUUCUUUAUUUGGGGCAUUUGAAAUGUUAUCUCAACUAAUAUUUUUCAUCUAAGGUUAAUUUGAUUAAUCAGUAUAUGAAAUUAAUUCAUGAAAAAUGUUGAAGCGAUUGACGAUGUAGUUGUUCAUGCACAGUUUUUCUUGAUGUAAUGACGUGCCCUGUUCUCAUAUAUCCACAUGAAUCAGAUUCAGUCAAAGACAGUGGCGGUUCUAGACUUCUGUAACUGGGGGAUCAGGCAAGGGCCACUUAUGCUUUUAGGGGGCACACUAACAUAUGUGUCAUGAUUAAUUUUCAGUCAUUUUUCACUGUCAUGUAUUACUGUUUUCUCUAGAAGUAAACUAAUAAGCUAAUAAAACAAG